GAAUCAAGGGUGAGCCAGCCGGGGAGCAGGCGCGGACCGUGCCUGCGGAGCACCGCCUGCGGCCCUCUGCCCAGGGCUCCGCGCGGAAAGGUCCAGCGGCCUGGGCUGCACCCUCUCACUUGCCCGCCUUGCAGUUCAGCCUACGACUCACGGCUGCGCCAGAAGGUGGCAGUGAAAAAGCUGUCGCGCCCCUUCCAGUCGCUGAUCCACGCGCGGAGGACCUACCGCGAGCUGCGGCUGCUCAAACACCUGAACCACGAGAACGUCAUUGGGCUUCUGGACGUCUUCACACCGGCCACCUCCAUCGAGGACUUCAGCGAAGUGUACUUGGUGACCACCCUCAUGGGCGCCGACCUGAACAAUAUCGUUAAGUGCCAGGCGCUGAGCGAUGAGCAUGUCCAGUUCCUGGUUUACCAGCUGCUGCGUGGGCUGAAGUACAUCCAUUCGGCCGGGAUCAUCCACCGGGACCUGAAGCCCAGCAACGUGGCGGUGAACGAGGACUGCGAGCUCAGGAUCCUGGACUUUGGGCUGGCACGCCAGGCAGAUGAGGAGAUGACGGGAUACGUGGCCACACGCUGGUACCGGGCGCCCGAGAUCAUGCUCAAUUGGAUGCAUUACAAUCAGACAGUGGACAUCUGGUCUGUGGGUUGCAUCAUGGCUGAAUUGCUCCAGGGAAAAGCCCUCUUCCCAGGGAGUGACUACAUUGACCAGCUGAAGCGCAUCAUGGAAGUGGUGGGCACACCCAGCCCUGAGGUUCUGGCAAAGAUAUCCUCGGAGCAUGCCCGGACAUACAUCCAGUCCUUGCCCCCCAUGCCCCAGAAGGACCUCAACAGCAUCUUUCAGGGAGCCAACCCCCUGGCUGUAGACCUUCUUGGAAGGAUGCUGGUGCUGGACAGUGACCAGAGGGUCAGUGCAGCUGAGGCACUGGCCCAUGCGUAUUUCAGCCAGUACCACGACCCAGAUGAUGAGCCAGAGGCUGAGCCCUAUGAUGAAAGCAUUGAGGCCACGGAGCGCACGGUGGAGGAGUGGAAGGAGCUCACUUACCAGGAAGUCCUCAGCUUCAAGCCCCCAGAGCCACCGCAGCCGAGUGGCAGCCUGGAGAUUGAGCAAUGAGGCACUGCCCAGCAGCCACGCUCCAAUACAUGGUCCUGAGCCUGGCCUUUUCCUCAGACCUGACCCUGCUCCUGGGACCCUUUGCCUCAAGGGGAAUCUAUACACACAUGAAUGCAGGAGUGUAGGCCCCGGUGUCUGCCAUGUGUCGAGAGUCUGGGCAGAAGUGUCCCUGGGCCUACCUUAGUCCUCCCGUCCUCUCCAACCUAUCAGGCUCUCCCUCAGGAUCUCACUCUGUGGGAUCUGGGUGCCAUUGGGGAUCCCCCUGAGGAGUGUAACUCUCUCUCCAGAUCAGACUCACAGGGUCUGCGAGGGGAUGAGGGUGAAUGGGCAGGGCCCCUGGAGACUCAGAGGGAGAGUUUCAGUAGUUAAGCUGCCCAACCUGUAAGUGGGGCACUGCCCUAGGAAUUGCUGAGCUGAGGCAGGGCCAGUGCCCCACCAGGAUGGGCAGGGUCUAGCUGGGCAGUGGCAGGGUGGAGACCACCACCAGAUGUCCAGUCCACAGCUGCUUGCAGCCCUGCGUUUGCCUGUGGCAUGUGGGCAGGAGUACACACUCUUGUGUUCACAUGUCGGGACAUGUGCAAGUGUGUGCUUAUGUGUGAAUCUGUAGGUACCCGAGGCCUAGCAGCCGUGUCUGGCAAGAGGUGUGAGUUGGAGGAGUCACAGUGGUCACUGUCCUCCCCCAGUUCCAGAUUCCCAAGGGGUGUUGAGACCUUGGUAGGUACCAUGUUAGGGCUCUGGGGGCCCAGGGGCACCCCUGUGGGCAAAAGCUGGGGCUUUCUCCUCGGGCAGGGAGGCUUCAGCCAGUUCCUGAGGCCUGCAGGUACAGUGCCAGCCAGAAAGCUGACGAGCAGGAGGUCUAGCCUUGAGGAGGCUAAAGCAGACAGGACACGGAUGCUGAUUGGGACCCUCCUGUCCCUGGACCCUGGCCCAAAGCUGACAAGCCUUUGCCUGCUUCUACCUCUGCCCACUGUGGUGGCCCUACAGCAGGAGAUCAGGGUACUCAGGUCUGUGGGUCAGUCCUCAUCUUCCCUUCUCCCAGAAAGGAGCUGACCACGUAAACUCUGGGACAGGAUCCUGCUUGGAGAUCUGCUGGGGGUGUGGCUCCUCCCUGGAGAGGCAGUGACCUCUUGCCUCCAGGGACCCAGGAAGUUCUGGAUGUCAAGUGCCUGCACCCCCAGAGGUGCACAAUAAAGGGGUUUCCUCUUGCUCA